ACGGCUCUGUGUUUUAGCCAUAGCGUUGGGAGGCACUGUUUGGCUCAUGGAUGCUUCCACGUGGCAGUUGGGCUCAACAACAGCCAAGUGCAGCUUUGGGAUUCUGUAGCCAAAGUUCUAGUGAAAACGUUAGAAGAUUUCCACCACGACAUAGUAGGAUCAUUGGCGCAGAACAAUGACAUCCUGACAAUAAGAGGAUUGGAUGGACAUAUAAUCAACAAUGAUGUGCAGAUCAGCUCACACGUUGUGGGAACUUACAAGGGUCACACUCGAGAGAUUUAUGGUCUCAAGUGGUCAGGAUUUGGUCAGAAGCUAGCUAGUGGUGGCAACAACAAUGUGGUCCAUAUAUGGGAUCGUUCCAGGGAUGAGCAUUGGCUGCACAGGCUCAGAGGACAUACAUCUGUGGGUAAGUCCGUUGAGAUUCGCCAAGCUGCUGGAUUGCUGCUGAAAAACAAUUUGAAAGGUGCGUAUCCGUCCAUGGCUCAAGAUAACCAGAAGUACAUCAAGUCGGAGUUGCUGCCUUGUCUGGGAGCAGUGGACAGACAUAUUCGGACAACAGUUGGAACUAUCAUCAGUGUUAUUGUUCAUAUAGAGGGAGUCUCUGGAUGGCCUGAGCUUUUGCCAGCUCUUGUGACUUGUUUAGACAGUAAUGACCUGAAUCAUAUGGAUGGCGCGAUGGAUGCAUUGUCAAAGGAGAACUUGAAAGAGUUACUGCCACGCCUAAUUCCAGUGUUUCUCUCAAACAUGGCCUAUGCAGAUGACGAUGAGUCGCUUUUGGGCCGAGGAAAGUGGCAAUCCGAAGGGGCACGAGCAGUUGGAGAAGGUUCUUGUGGGUCUUCUCCGUAG